UCAGGAAGCAGCGCGAGUGAGAAAGGACUCGACUGCAGAACGUGCUCAUCCGUCACACUUGCAUGGUCACACGCUGGUGCCUCAGAUAUGAAUGUGUGAGGGCGACGCGCAGCAAGAAAGAGAACUGUGUGUGCGCAUGUGAGAGAGAGAGUGAGAGAGAAAAAGAGAGAGAGAGAGAGAGAUGAGUUCCACUCCACCCACGUCUAACUGUGUCCAAUGUGAGGGGGAGGUGAAGCAGUUCAGAGCUUACUGUUCUAUUAUCUGGUAUUAUUUAGUUUCCUCACUUUGGAGAAGAGACUUAUCAAGGCUGCUUCUCAUCAGAAACCCACGCAGCCGGGGCAACUAUGAGCUCCCAUGCAAAACUUCGCAAGGAGAGGGUCGGUGCUGUGGACUAUGACGCACAAAUCAAAGAGGUGCGCUCCCAGCUGGUUGACCAGCUAAAGGUGCUGGACCUCCAACUGGAGCAGAAGAGCCAGCAACUGCAGGACCUCAGCGAUUACCUGCGACGAAGGGGCGAGAUUGAAAGCGAGUACGCCCGCUCCCUGGAGAAACUCGCCGAAAGGUUCACCUCCAGAACCAAAAGGAAGGAGCCCAGCAGUAACUCGGUGGCACAAGUCUGGAUGACGCUGCUGACUCAGACUCGCCAGGAAAGUCGGGAUCACAAUGGACUGAGUGAAAGCUGCAGCAGCUUCCUCCUCCAGCCCCUCACGCUCUGUCUGGACUACACACAGCGCCUGGCCAAGAAGAGUAAAGACAUCUGUAUUCAGCUACAAGAUGGGCUACUCAAGGUUACCACAGAGCUACAGACGGCAUGGAGGACAUACUACCAGUACCACGCAGACUAUCUGGGUGCAGAGGGGAAGCUGAGGGAGGCCGAGAAACAAGAGGAAAAGCAGAAGCAGAGCGCCGCUAAGAAACUCGAGAGGCUGAUAGAAAAAAGACAAUGUAAAGUUCAAGAUCUCCACCUGAAGUGCAGCAAAGCCAGGAAUGAAUACCUCCUGAACCUGGAUGCUGCCAACGCCUCCGUGAAUAAGUACUACCUCAAAGACAUCUCCUCUCUCAUCGACUGUGCAGACGUAGGCUACCACGUCUCCCUGGAACGGGUGAUGCAGGCCUACCUGUCGGGUCGACGGCGGUCCCAGCAGAACCUCGGCACGGGGCUGCAGCAGCUCCAGGACGCCGUGUCCGGACUGGACCAGGGCCAGGACAGAGACACCCUCCUGCAGCACCACUACAACACGUUCUCCAUGCCCCUUCGUUUCCCUUAUCAGCCCCACGAAGGAGACCAGGUUUCGGAGGUCAGUGCUGAGUGCGAGAUAAGAUGCGAGUUGGAGACGAGAUUCAAACACAUACAGACCAGACUGAAAGCAGUCACCCAGGAAACAGAGGGGGCUGCUAAGGGCAUGCUGGAAGCUCAGUCUUCACUGCUGGAGAACAUCAGCGCCGGCGACCUGGAGCUCGGCAGCGACGCGUUUCUGGAGGGCAACGCUGAGGUCCUCAGCGUGAAGCCCAGCGUGGCCCGACGCAGGGCCAACCUGCAGGAAGUGGAGAACCUCUACUUCACGAAAGUAAAAGAAUACCUGGUUGGUAGUUCCCUGAUAUCGAAGCUACAAGCAAAACAUGACCUACUUAAAGUGGCUGCAGAAAAAGCGGAAGCAUCAAAUGAGCGUCAACCUAGACAUAAUGGGAGGUCCAUGCGUGUCAGGAAGAAUCACUCUACUACAAAUUUGAUACACAACCACAAGCUCUUCAAUGGCGACAUGUUGUCCUUCAUACAGGCAUCAGGACAACAGAUUCCGCUUGUUGUGGAAAGCUGUGUUCGCUUCAUUAACCUCAAUGGUCUCCACCACGAAGGGAUAUUCAGAGUGCCGGGUUCUCAGGUGGAGAUCAACAGCCUGAGGGACGCCUUUGAGCGAGGUGAGGAUCCUCUAGCUGAGGGAACCUACGACCUGGACUCUGUGGCUGGAGUGUUGAAGCUCUACUUCCGAGGCCUGGAGAAUCCCCUCUUCCCCAGUGAGAGCACCGGCCAACUCCUGGAGCACGCCCAAAUAAAGAGUGAGGCAGAGAGAGCAGCUCAGCUCAAAGCAGUCAUCUGCACGUAUCCUCAGCCAGUUAUCAUCGUUAUGAGAUAUCUCUUUGCAUUCCUUUAUCAUGUGUCUCAGUACAGCGACGAGAACAUGAUGCAGCCUUACAACCUGGCCGUGUGUUUUGGGCCCAGCCUGAUCAGAUGGGAUCUGGAUGGAGAAGCUGAAGUUCUUGAUCAGCGGCUGGAACUGCAGCCGCUGAUCAACGCCCUGGUGAAGAACAUCAUCAUCCAGCAUGAAAGCGUCUUCCCGAGCCAGAACGAGGUAGAGGGACCCAUUUACGAGAUCUGUAUGACACUGGAACAGGACGACUGUGAGACGGUGAUUGAAGAAGGAGAUCUAGACACAGAAUACACCCUGAGCAAAGAUGAUUUGGAAGCUGGAACUUCAGUUGACAACGAUAACUGCUUGUUUGGAGCAACAACGCAGAAAACUGCUGAACGUCCUCGAGCCAACAGCAGUGGCUCCAUUGAGCAAAGGAGGAUAACGAGCAUGGGCUCAGGCGGACGGAUGAUGCUUCAGAUCCCUGUUGGACCAAACAGCAGACCACGGCGCGUCCCCUCUCCUGGCUACAAAUUUCAGGAAAAGUCUUCUGAGGAUCUGGCCGUUCAAGUAGACAAGGAUGUCUGUCGACAGAUGAAUUCGGUCUUUAAGGAGCUCCUCACCCUGCAGACACAGCAGGGUCCCCCUCCAAACCCUUCUUCCCAGAGUAAAGGGAAGCGAGAUGGACGCAGAGGGAGAGCAGGCGGACUCUUCAGAACAACAGACCCGUUGGAAUAAGGGCAGUCGUCAGAGGGUCGCUGAGCUGUGAUCAAUUCCCUGGGGUCCCUUGUCUAAAACUCGAGUAGCUCAACUGCUCUUUCAUUCAUACUUUGUAAAGCAAACAGCUGGUGCCGCUGCAUACCUGCAACAUGGAAACUGGAGGUUACUUGAAAUGCACAGAUGUGUUUCUUUUUUAACUACAGAAACCUCAAGUGUUUGUUUGCAAAAAUAAGGUGUCAUACACUGAGCAGACUUUGUAUAUAAUAAUAACCUAAGACUUGUCUGUAUGUCUAGGCAACAUACCAAAUAAAAACUUUCAAUAUUUUCACUGCCUUUUUAGGUUUAAAAAUGGCUGUGUAAAUUAUAAACUUUAUCUUGAUCAUUAUGUGUAGAUUUAAAAUGAUGGACUAACUUAUUUCAAAUGCAUCCUGAAUAAUAUAUACCACUUGCUCUUUAUUGAUCUGAGCUCAUGUAAUAAUUAGGGAACAAAAAGAAUCAUGUUGCUGUGAUAGUUUUUAUUAAUGCACACAUUCCUACCAGAGAAUUUUACAUAAUAUUGAGCAUCUUAACCUGUAACACUGUAUAUUUCAUGUUUUAUAAAUUCCUCAUCUUCAA